AUGAAGAACGGGAAGGCAGCUGGACCUACUGACAUACCAGCAGAGGCCCUGAUCUGGAAGAAAGAAGAGAUACCGAUUGAGUGGAAGGAGGGUUAUCUAAUGAAGCUUCCAAAGAAAGGUGACCUCAGCAACUGUAACAACUACAGCGCUAUCACACUCCUGUCAGUGCCAUGCAAGGUCUUCAACCGGAUCCUCCUAGAGCAGAUGAAGGACAUCGUCAAUCCACAACUACGAGAUGAACAAGCAGGCUUUCGGCAGAAUCAAUCAUGCAUGGACCAGAUUGCAACGCUGCGCAUCAUAGUCAAGCAGUCCUUGCAGUGGAACUCAUCGCUGUACAUUAACUUUGUCGACUCUGAGAAGGCGUUUGACAAUGUGGAUCGAGAGGUCCUAUGGAAGCUCCUCUGGCAUUACACAUCCCAGCCAAGGUGGUCAACCUGA